AUGACAUCUCUAACAUUUGUUUUCUACCUGACAUGUUUGUUCUCGUGGAGAAAGGCUCAGGAGACACAUCAGUCCUCAUCUGUUCAACAAGAGAGUGGCUUCCAAACAGUGAAUGUUGGUCAAAGUAUACUUUUGCGAUGUUUCUAUGAAAAUGAUGAGAAACCAUGGCUUUACUGGUAUAAGCAAACUCUGGGACAGAAACUAAAGCUCAUUUCUUCAUUCUACAUCCAUCAUAAAAGUAGGACAUUUCAUGAUGAAUUUGAAAACAACUCCCGCUUCACAUUGGAAACUGGAAAUGAUAAAAACCACUUAAGUAUUUCAGAUUUGCGUAUUUCAGACUCAGCUACUUAUUAUUGCGCAAGUAGCUCUUUAUUAAUACUUGAAUUUGCAGAAGGUGUUACAGUCAGUGUAAAAGGUUCAGGUUUUAAUAUUAACACUUCAAUUCAGUCUUCAUCUGAGAUCGUCCAGCUAGGAGACUCUGUGACUCUGAACUGUAUAGUACACACUGGGACCUGUGAUGGAGAACACAGAGUUUACUGGUUCAAAGACUCUGAAGAAUCUCAUCCAGGACUAAUUUACACUCAUGGAGGCAGGAAUGAUCAGUGUGGGAGGAAAAAUAACACAAAAACACACACCUGUUUCUACAACCUGCCAAUGGAGAACCUGGAUCAGUCUCAUAAUGGGAUCUACUACUGUGCUGUUGCCUCAUGUGGACACAUACUGUUUGGAAAUGGGACCAAACUGGAGUUGAAGAAUGAGGAGGUUUCUCUUGUCUUGGUGUAUUUCUUGAGUGGUGCUUUGGCGUUCACCACUAUCCUGACACUUUCACUGUCUGCCUCACUGUACACACACAAGACAAAAGGCCAGCAAGCUACAAGUAAAUUGUACUGUUUGCGAAAUUACUCAAUUUUACAUCAUAGAAACAGCUUUUCUUUGUGUUUCAGAAUCUCGUGAAAUAUU